UUGGUAGGUGGCGUGUAUGUGCUAUGUGUAGUUUUUGGUUGCGUUGUUGUGCGAACUCUGUGUUGAGCAGCGGCGGAAGAGAGAGGUAAUAACAGAGGUGCAUAUCUCUAGUAAAAAUUUGGGAUGGUGUUCGGGUGAUGUAACAUGUUAGAAACGUAAAUAUUAAGCAUAUAUAACCGAAAGGCCCAAGUGCUGCUGUGGAACCAUAUGGGUUUGGUAGAAUGACGUUAUGGCUGCGAUCAUGUGUUUUGGCUUCAGGCAGUGGACAAACAGCCAAGAUGGAGCUGGAGGAGGUGCAGGACAAACGCUCCCUAUCUGAAUGCGAUAAGAGGAAGAAGGCAAUGCAACCUGAGAACAGCAGCGUUGUUCAAGAUGAUAAUGGAAAGGAAGCAGGAGAAAUUCAUUCUGAUGGAGAAUUUCAGGGAUGUGGCAGCAACGAUUCAUUUCUAGAUUCCAUCUUUGAAGAGGCGAUGGAUCGACUUUUGGACCUAGAUGAGAAUGAAGACCUUCCUUAUCUGACGGAACCUUCAGAGGCUAUGGAGGGGGAUGAAUCCCCUCCCAAUGGAACAGAAGUUACAGAAACUAGAAGGGGAGAUGACUUCACUCCCAACAGGACAGAAGUUACAGAGACUAUAGAGGAGGAUGAAUACCCUCCAGAUGGGACAGAAGUUACAGAGACUAGAGGGGGAGAUGACUCUCCUCCAAUUAUGACACGGCUCAGGGUAAGGGGCAUCUCCUCUCGCCCUAAGAUAGAAGCUUCAGAGUCAAGUGAGGAAGAUGGAGAAGACCUUCCCCCUGAUACAGAAGUCAUCGAGAGCAGGGCUUCAAAAAUAACAAAACUCAUCUCUAGCCCCAAAGCAGCACCGCAAAGGAAGGCCAGGCCUCCAUCCUCUCCCCCCUGGACACCCAGCCCUGCCAAAUCCAAAAACAGAGCUCAUGCAGCCACACCUCUUUUCAGUGGGUCAGAGAGGAAGUGGAGGACUGAGGAUGAACCAGACCAAGAGCAUAAACUGUUACCUUUUGAACCAGCUAGGACUCCUGGACCCCAGCUAGACACUUCAAAGAACUACACUGUUCUAGAGCUCUUCCAGCUCUUCUUCAGUAAUGACAUUGUUGAUACUCUCUGCUCAAACACCAACAAGAAUGCCAAGAGAAGACAAGAACAUGGAAUCAAAGAACCAUGGAAACCUGUAUCUGUGGAGGAAAUGUACAAAUACCUCAGCAUUGUAAUCUAUAUGGGUCUGCUGAAUGUGCACACUGUAUCAGACUACUGGAAUCGAAACAGAAUAUAUUGUCUUCCUUUUUGUUGUACAGUCAUGACUAUGACAAGAUUUCGGGCAAUCACCUAUUCACUGCACAUGAGUGACCCAGCAGAGGAUGAGGAAAACGACAAGAAGAAGGGGACUGCAGGGUAUGAUCGGCUCAUGAGAAUCAAACCUCUCAAAGACCAGAUUUUGGAUGCAUGCAGGGCCUUCUACCACCCAUUCCAGAAUCUUUCCAUUGAUGAGCGCAUGGUGCACUCCAAGGCCCGCCACAGCCUCAAACAAUACAUUAAAUCCAAGCCCUACAGGUAUGGAUUCAAGCUGUAUGUUUUAGCAGAUUCAAGAAAUGGCUACACCUGCGACUUCAAUGUCUUUAUGACCAAAAACCCAUCUGCUUCAGGCAAAGGGGAGAGCUAUGAUGUUGCCAUGAACCUGUUGAAGGUGCCUUACUUGGGCACAGGAUACCACAUUUAUGUUGAUAAUUAUUUCACCAGCACAACUUUCUUCCGUGACCUGUACAAAAAGAAAUUGGGAGCAUGUGGAACCAUACGUGAAAUCCGUGUGGGCAUCCGAGAGAACAGCAUGCCUGCUCGAGCAGAGAAAGGAACCAUCCGCUGGCUCCGUGAUGGGGAGCUGCUCUUCACCAAGUGGAUGGGCGCACAACCAGUCACCAUGUGUACCACUAUUCAUAAGGCAUUUGCAGGGGAGCAGGUCAAAAUCAGGAAACAGAGCAAAAAUGGAUCCUGGACAACACAGUGCAUACCCGUCCCAGAGGCAAUCAAGCCGUACAACAAGUAUAUGGGGGGUGUGGACCUGUCUGAUGCCCUUAUCAAAUGCUAUAGUGUGGCCCACAAAACCAUGAAGUGGUACAAGACCUUCUUCUUCCACUUUGUAGACAUUGCUGUGGUGAACAGCUUCCUCCUGCAGAAGGACAUGGCCCAGAUGAAGAAGAAAAAGCCAAUGACCCACAAGCAGUUCAGGGAGCAGCUGUGCCUGCAGCUUGCUGACAUUGGUAAGCAGGAGGAGGCUGAAGAAGAGUCUUCGGAGGAGGAGGAGGAGGAAGAAGAAGAACAACCAGAAGAAGAGAAGGAAUUGGUGGAAGUGAAGCGACCAUGCUACCCUGUACCCAUAAUUGAUCCUACCACUGUUGACACCUCUCAAAGAAAAUCUAGUGGCAGGAAAAAAUGUUGUCUGUGCAAGGAAAGCCAGACCAACUGGCAGUGUGAGUCCUGUCAGGUAGCACUCUGUAUGAUACCAGACAGAAACUGCUUCAGAGUUUGGCACAUGAAUAAAAAGGAUCUCGUAGCAGAAGUUUUCAAGAGGCAUAUAAAGUACAACCCAUACCCUACCCAUCCUUGGAUGGAAUAUGGGGGGGGGAAAAUUGAGUUUAAGUCUCAAAAACAGGCGCAGAGUUUCAUUAAACGUCAUUUUGGCUUGAGGAACAACAGGAAGUAAAACUAUUUUGCUGUCCUGUGCACACUAAUGAUCCUACCACUAUUGACAUCUCUCAAAGAGAAACCGUGGGCAGGAAGAACUAUUGUCUGUGCAAGACCAACUGGCACUGUGAGACCUGUCAGGCGCCGCUCUGUAUGAUAGAAGACAGGCACUGCUUCCGGUUCUGAGUGUGGCAUACGGAUCAAUAGAAUGUCUCUGGCACAACUUUUCAGUUGCAUUGAUAAUACCAGUGGUCUCAAGUGGGAUGAUGAUUAUGGUAAUGAUUAUUAUUAUUAUGGUUAGGCCUAUUAUUUGUAUUGUUUUAUUAUUUUAGUUUAUUCUAUUAAUAUUUGUGCCCAUGAAUGAUCCCAGCACUCUUAAAAUCUCUCAGAUGUACUGUACACAUGAAGUGUCAUUUGUGCAAUGAUUAUUUAGAUGAUUUUGCAGAGUUAGUCUUGCCAGAAACUGCUUAAAAAUAUGGAAUGUGAUUAAAGACAAUGAACAGAC